AAACUUUCCUUACUUUUCUACGUAAAGAUAAGCAGCGGCUGACCGUUUUAUCUUAUCGUUUGUAAUUGUCUUUUUUGACAAGGAGGUCUUGGCAGGAGGUCUGAUAACGUGUUAAAUGUAAAAGAUUGUCCUAUUUAGAAGAUAACUGACGUCCGAGCAACUUCAGAUACUUUUUCGCGAAAGAUUACUUGCUUCACUGGCAUCUUCACAUUUUAUCAGUUUCACUCUCAAUAUCAGACCAGAGACAUCGCCCACAGAAUGGAUAGCUUGAAUAUUUUAAACCUGAAUGACGAUUGCUUGUUGAACGUCUUCCAAUAUCUCGGGAUUCUAGAUCAUCUGAAUCUUCUGAGGACUUGCCUUAGAUUUCGGCAAAUUCUUCUAGAGUCGUCGCAUUCAACUUACCCGGUAUUCCACAGCACUGAUCCACACAUUAAGCCCGUUCUCUUUUACUCAAGUACAGCCUUCAAGGUUCUCAGGAUUCUUAACAAUAAUGUGAACACCCUGGGAGUGAUUCAAGGACAUGGUCAGGACAUAGAGGAGGUGGGGAAUAGUGUGAAAGACUUCCAGAUCCUCAACAACACCUUAAAUAAAAUCAAUAAGCGGGAGUGCCUGGAAAACUUGCUUCAACCGACGGAUAUAUUUAGGUUCACCCAGAAACUUUCAGGACUUGAUUAUCUGAGCGUCAAUGUCCCCUCUUGUAUCUGUUAUCUGGAGGAGUUCUUUCAGACUAUUUCCGACCUGAGGGCGUUACGACUUUCUGGCUACUCCAAAUGCUCGGAAACUAUCAAGACUAUCUGGAAGUGCUUUCCCAACUUGAAGGAUCUCUCCAUUCGGGGUGGAUGUCUCCGAAACCGAUCGGACUUUGAACUAAUCGCUCAAAUGAAAACCGUGAGGAAGCUUUCGUUGAACGUGGGAGAAAGGGAUUGUCUGGCUCCUCUGGCGGAAAUGACUGAACUGUAUUCUCUUUACCUAGAAAAUAAUAAUGGCUGUAUUUUGGCAAUAGAUAUUAUAGAAAUUAUAAAAGGGUGCAGGAAACUGGAGUUUCUGUACUGCUACCAAAUAAAUCACGGGGAUCGGCCCCAGGAGUCGGUAGCUAAUCUGUUCAGAAUGAUCAAAAUUCACCGAGAUCCUAGUAAACAGAAACCACUGCAACUUUUUGCCUACCUCGAUCCUCCACUUUCCAUCGAAAAUAAAAUGCUCAUUGAUAAUGCGUACUUUGAGUAUCGACCAUGGAACUAG